GAGAGAGCGAGCGACGGAGCAAGCGCCGAGCGGCAAGAAUUCGAUACAGGCAUGGAUGGUAUGGAUGAGGGGAGGGGCUGGCGAAUAUCAGUCCUCCUGCCGAGCGAACUGAAACCAAGUCGCCCAUGGCCCCUGAGCGCAGAUUCUGUUUCAAGCAUAUCCACGAGCGGUGGUUACAGCGCAUCGCACUCGUCGCCUAUCCAUGCUCCGCUUCCUGCUCCAUGAAUGGGGAUCAUUUCACAAUGAGCUCCCUCGCCUUCGUAGUGUCUUGUAGUUGAGUCAGCGGCAGCUGCCGUUUACUGCUCGACAGUCCGCCCAGAUUGCCGGCUACCCGUACCUUGGCUCCCAAGGCAAGAACAUUAGGCACCAAGGGCACGCACAUUCAAAUAAGUAUAGAUAGAAUUCGUGUGGUUACCAAGGUAGAAAUUCACUCCUGCUGUUUCUUUCUUCGAGGCCCGCGUGCCUGAUGGACAUUCGUAGACUACUUUUGUGAAACGUUGGGCCAUGUUUUGGGCCUCUUUGUACAGAGUUUGAGAGAAGGAGAGAGAGAGACACGGAGAGGGAGAGGGAGGAAAAGAAAAAAUUUCGCCGUGGACUCAGCGAUGGCUGCUUUGAACUCUGUGAAAACUUCCCAAAUGAGCAGCGCUGUGGCUGCUGGUAUAUCGUCCGUGUGUGAGCUGCAGGCAACUUCUACGGGAUUCUCGGCAUUUCCUCUUCAGAGUUGGUCUCCUUCUCGUUGUAGGACUACAAUUCGGAAUGUGAGUACUAUGAGUUCGACCAGGAGGUCAGCAGCAGUAGGUAGGAGGAGGUGCGUGAGGCGCCAGGCCAAAUUUCAGCAAUUCACUGCUGGAGAAGGCUCUGAUCCUCAAAAGGGAGGCUUUGAUGAAUUGCCAGGUCUUGUGGAGGUCAGGGGCGAGAGUAGCGAAAGUUCCAGUGAAGACGAGAAGGAGAGGGAAGACAGAGUAUUGCCCGAAAAUCUGGAAGGGGCCGUAAUUCAAUCCAGCGAAUCUACCGCCUUGUACAUAAAUUCGGGUGGUACCAGAGCAGUAGUAGAGCUUCUGUUGCCGGAGUUUCAGAACCUUGGUGAAGAAGGUGACCAGAUUAGGAUAUGGAACUUAUCACAAAUCUUCUUGGAUGAUCUCCAAGAACGUCUUGGAACUCAGCGAUUGAAGGCAAUCUUCCCAGAUGCUGGUGUGGCCGCUAUGCUAAAGUAUCAGUGGAAGGAUGCUACCUUCAGCUUUGCCAGUUUAAACGACAGGAAACCUAUCAACGCAGACGAUGAUGUUGUGGUUUUAGUAUCACCUGAUUACCAGGGCCUGGCUGAUGUCCAGCGGAUCGCAGUGGCUCUUGUUGAUGGAGACGAUGGGCCUCCACGUCCUCUCAUCAUGUGGAACCCACGGCUCCAAAGUGGUGAGGUCGGAAUUGGUCUGAAUGUUAGGCGGAUGCGUGAGUUCUUCCUCAGCACAUUCAAUUAUGUGUACUCGAUGCGAUCACUUUCCUUUGGAUCCAUAUUCCGGCGAUAUCCAGGAAACUGGCAAGUAUUCUUUGACGAUGAGCAAGUACCUGGUCGGUACAUACUAGCGAAGGUGGAGAGAGAGCGCCCCAUACUUGAGGACGUUGAGAUGCUGUACAUGGCUAAACAACGCGGUGGCAAUGGUGAAGCCAGUGAUGAGCCACCUCCACUUCAAAGUGUUCUUGGAGUAUUUGCAUCGCUCAAUCGGUUUAUGAGGUCACUGUCUCGUUAGUUACAACGUCUGCUUCAUACUGGAAGCUUUGUACUAUCUGUAAAGUGUAAUACAAGUCGAACGCGCGAUAUUAUUGCGCUGCCGAGCUUUGAUGUGUAAAGUAAUAAAGUUUACUAGUAUGAUCAUC